CCAUUUUCGUAAUUGCGAACUCAAAGCUUUAGUGAGCCCUUAAAAAGCCGAAAAAUCCCUAGCUCUCCUUUACGUAUCUCAACACUUCUUUGAGCAAAACCCUUAAGCUGCCGCCAGUUUUGCUUUCAGCAGCUUGCAUUUGAAAAGAUGGUGAGGGUCAGUGUUUUAAACGAUGCACUCAAGAGCAUGUACAAUGCGGAGAAGAGGGGCAAACGACAGGUCAUGAUUAGGCCUUCCUCGAAAGUGAUCAUCAAGUUCCUUUUGGUUAUGCAGAAGCACGGUUACAUCGGAGAAUUUGAGUAUGUUGAUGACCACAGGUCUGGCAAAAUUGUGGUUGAACUUAACGGGAGGCUAAACAAGUGUGGGGUGAUUAGUCCUCGUUUUGAUGUCGGAGUCAAAGAGAUUGAGGGUUGGACUGCUAGGCUACUUCCUUCUAGACAAUUUGGAUAUAUUGUGCUAACCACAUCUGCUGGCAUCAUGGACCAUGAAGAAGCUAGAAGGAAGAAUGUUGGUGGGAAAGUACUUGGCUUUUUCUACUGAGUCAAAUUUUUGAUAUUUUCCUUUUUUCUUUUUUAAUUUCACUCGAUGUAGAACUUGGUACUUUACUACAAUUUUAAUUUUGUAUUGGGAGUUAUAAUUAUGUUUUUGGUUAUAAUGUUUGAGGUUAUGAAUUGUUGGUUUGCCUUAAA